AUGGCAUCCCCUGGAGAUAUCCCAAAUCCCGUUGAGACCACUACGAAAGGGAUCGGAGGCCACAAAAAUGCCGAAUUCGCGACCAAAGUCAUUGAGAUCUUGAAUGGCGCCGGUUAUCAGAAGCACAUCGCUCUCGUUCUCAAUGAAGGCGUCACCGACUACUGGCUCCCCAUUCCCAAACGCACUAUAAUGCCCGCGAAGCUUCUUGAUUAUAUCACAUUCGAAGCCUUCAAGAAUGCCCAGUCGCCAGUCCUUGAAAAGUCGUAUGAGCUCAAUCGAUCUCACAUUCCCCUUGACGCCCAAGCCACGUAUGAGUGGAAUGGGGUGAGAUACCCCAAGAGUCUCAUAUACAAGAGAUACCUUGGUGAGGGCGGGGCAGGUAUUGUAGUAGAGAUGCAGGUAGCUGGUGGAACAACUUACGCGGUGAAGCGAAUCCCUCGAAAAGCCGGAUACCACGAAGCCAAGAGUCAGCUGAGAUCCAUCAAGCAGGAAAUUGAAAAUCUCAAGAAGAUCAACCACACGCACUGCAUCAAAUUUUUGGGCAGCUACGGCGAUGUCGAGGACAUUGGGGUCGUCAUGGACCCGGUCGCAGACUGUAACCUGGACAGUUUUUUAAGCACGUUUAAUCGCAGUGAGCCGAAUAGUGGCAUGGUGCUGGCAAGCUUCUUCGGUUGUCUUGCGAAUGCCCUCGUGUAUCUCCACAAGGAGGUCAACAUUCGACAUAAAGAUAUCAAGCCGGAGAACAUCUUGGUCAAGAAAGACAGGGUCAUACUUACCGACUUUGGCAUCUCGCUGGACUGGAGUGAGCAGGGCCACUCGACCACUCAAGAGGAGGCAAACCGAAGCCCCAAGUACUGCGCCCCAGAGGCAUAUAUCCUAGGCCAACCCCGAAAUCAAAGGUCGGAUAUUUGGUCUCUGGGUUGCGUUUUUCUUGAAAUGAGCGCGGUGCUCCACGGAUUCUCUUCUGGUUACGUGACGACGAUACUGAAACGUCACGGCUGCCUUUACUUUCGAGAGUGUCCGGGGGGGAUCCUAGAUGCCAUCUCGGAAGUGAGAGAGCAGGGCGCAUCGGAGAACAAUGGCUCCCUGGAGCUGGAGUGGAUUGAGCAGAUGUUACGACUGGAGAACAAUAAACGCUGGUAUUCCGAGGACCUCCAGCAGGCGAUAUCACAGAGUAGGAGCGAGCCUCCGUUCUGCGGGAUAUGCUGCAAUAGGGCUUGGCCCGGCGCACUGAGAACGGAGCCAGCUCAACUACACGACAGCAAACUUAAGAAAUGGCAUAGUGUCACAGUGAUACGGGACAACAGCGUUUCUGGUGGAUGGAUCUCCAAACGGUUGGUCGACCUGUACCAAUUGGAGACCCAUCAAAUGAAGCAACGGGAGAUACUAAACGUGGGAGGGCACCAGUUUGAAACGGACAAAAAAGCUGACGUCACUUUUGUUCCGGACACAACAAACCACGCUGAGAAGGCGAAUUGCCGGGUCAUCACAUCAGCCCCAUUUGACCUGCUAAUUGGCAACACCAACCUUAGGAGCUAA